AAGACCAGUCGCCGCAGUCUUCUUCUCCCUCAUUGCGCCGGCCUCCACCCCCGUACCCCACUCCCAGGGCCCUUCCUCGCCACCGCACUCCACCAGACAUGGCUGGUGCGGUUCGUCGGAGCCCAAAUCCGCCCCCCGGAGCACGGAUCUAUCCGCAUUGAUCCUCUCCGCGAACGCCGGGAGAUCAAUCGAUCGACCCCGCGCACGCUGGGAGGCUACCCGUAUUCCAGUCCAGUGGCGCGGAUACUUCGACAUUUCAGGAUCUGACUCAAAAGAAGAAACUUUAAUUUCCCCUGUAUUCCCCAUCCGGCCUUCGCCAUGGAAAAUGCCUGCGAGGACAUCACCAAUGUCGUGCGCUCGGUGAAGCUGCUUAGGAUUGACGGCUACUGCACCACCGAAACAAUGGGCCAUGGGGAUUGCAUCAGAUCCAGUUGGAACGUUGGUGGGUACGAGUGGGAGAUCUGCAUUUACCCUGCCAUGAGAGAUACAGAUGGCACUCGGUGCGUGGCAGCCAAGCUUGUGUUUCUCAGUGACACCUGCCCGUCCAUUGUGAGGGCCAACCUCAGCUGCCGUUUGGUUGAUCUCACAGGCGCCCGUGUACCAUUAGGGGGGAGCGUGUCAUGGAUAUUCAACCGCCCAUGGACAUUCUGCUAUCUUGUAAAGUGCUCUCCUGUCGCCCUAGAAAAUAUCUCGCCUCCUGUUCGUCUCAUAUCAACAGGCAAGCUACCAUUAUCUGGUUUUCUCCGAAAUGAUUCUUUUACUGUGGAAUGCACCAUCACCGUGCUUAAGGAGGAUUUGCCAGCACUGGCAGCCCCAGCUAAAGAAGUCUCUGGGUCUGGGUCAUCACCUAGCUUGCAAGACCACCUCGCUGAACUCCUGCGCAGUGGAAUGGAAGCGGAUGUCACAUUUCUUGUGUCCGGCAAGUCUUUCGCUGCGCACAAGCUCAUUCUCGCUGCAAGGUCCCCUGCACCGAUGGCGGAGUUCUGUGGGGACAUGAAGGAGACGAGCUCUCGGUGUGUGGAGAACAAGGACAUGAAAGCGGAGGUAUUCGAGCCGUUGCUUUACUUCAUCUACACUGACUCUGUGCUGGAAUUCAAUCUUCAGCAUGAGAGAGUGACGAUGCUAGCUCAGCAUCUGCUAGCAGCUGCCGACAGGUAUGGAUUGGACAGGCUCAAGCAGAUCUGCGAAGGCAAGCUCUCUGAUGGCAUUAGUGUCGACACGGCAGCGACAACUCUGGCUUUAGCCGAGCAGCACUACUGUCCACAGCUCAAGGUUAAGUGUGUCGACUUCAUUGUUAGUACUCCUGCAAUCCUUGAUGUUGUGUUGGCGACGGACGGAUAUAAGCAUUUGGAGGCAAGCUGUCCUAUGGUGUUGCCUGAGCUUCUCAAGUCUGCACGGGGCAGAAAGAAUUGAAAGGCAACCAGGUAGGAGUGCUAGCGAGGUCCAAGAUUUUAUCAUGCCCGUAGUCUCUGUUUACGGUUGCCAUGCAUGUGUGGUCUUGUGGAAACCUGGGUCUGUAUUCGCCUAAAAUGGAAACUUAGUGUCCAUCUAUAUAUGUUAUGAGCAACUUAAUGCUUGCA